AUGUCACCACCAUUCUCACUAGACUUUGGUCUUCAAGGAAGCCACGUUCUCGUCACUGGAGGCUGUGGUCUGAUAGGCAGAGUCGUCGUCCAAGCCUUCCUAGCCGCCGGCGCCAACGUCUCAAUCAUCGAUCUCGCAGAAUCCACAAGAGCUCUGGCCGAUUCAGCAGAAGAAGCUGCACUACUCGGCAACGCAGUGAUUUAUACCGCGGACAUUUCCCAACCCGAUGAAGUCGACAUUGCUUUUACACAUAUGGAAGGGAAAUACGGGCCGGUGGAAUGUUGCAUUGCAUUAGCUAGUAUAGAUCUCUCAUCUCUACCCCAGACAGAGUCAAUCUGCGAUAUGGAUCCUGCAGUCUGGCAGAAAGUUUUUGAUGUGAAUAUCAAUGGCACGUUCUUGACUUGUCAGCGAUGGCUGCGUGGAAUUCGAUCCGCAUCGCAGGACCCAGAGAAAGCGUCAAAGCUGAGGAAUGUCAAUCUCGUCAUUAUGGGUAGCGAUUCGGGCAGAUUUGGAGUCCGCACGAUGGCUGCGUACGCGGCAGGGAAAGCUGCUGUACAGUAUGGUCUACUCCAGAGUCUGGCCAAGGAUGUGCCCAAGGUGUAUCUCAGAGGUCGAGUGAAUGCUGUGGCACCGGGGGCUGUCGAUACUGCCAGAUUCAGAGAUGAAUGUGAGCGCUUCGGAAAGCAGUGGGCUUGGGAGGAGUACGAGGCGACUGUUGGUAUGGCUAAGCCUCCAGCAACGGAGGAUGUAGCGAGGACGUUCUUGUUCCUGGCUAGUGAUGCCUUCAGUGGAAGCACACAUGGCCAGAUAAUUCACGUUGAUGGAGGGAAGAUGGGAAGCGUGCAGUGGAUGCCAAAUGAGAUCGAUGGGCGGCGAUGA